UAAAGUAUUUGAUAUUAUUUUUUGAUGUCAUCAGUUGACACAUACUAAUCAAUGGUCUUAAGACCAAAAGAUACGCUGAUUAAAUCGGUCCACACCGCAGAAGAAGAAAAAGAAAAAGAAAUUACCAAAUGCAUGGCAAAGUAUCUGUUCCUGAGAAGAUUAAUUUCUUAAAAAAAUGCAAAAAAAUUUGAUGAAAGCAAGAGAGCAACAAGAAAACCACCACCAGCAACAACAAUCGCACCAACUAAUCAAGCGAGCGUUGUAGGAGUAGAGGAGUGAGAGGGACUUCUCCUCCGCCAUUUUUGUCAAAUCUUCAAGCAAACUCUUCUCCUUUAACUCUCUCUCUUUCAUCAGAUCUCUGAUUUCCUGCUCUUACUAUUAUUUAUCAUCAUGUCCUAAACUCCUCUCCCUCUAUCUUCCUUCACUCCUCUCUCUCUCUCUCUCUCUUUCUGUUACUUUUGGAUCGGAGAUGGCGGUUUCGGGAGGAAUUACGCCUGGACAGGUGUCCUUUUUGCUCGGAAUUAUACCUGUUUUUGUUGCAUGGGCAUAUUCGGAGUUCUUAGACUAUAAGAAGUUUUCAUCUCCGUCAAAAGUCCAUUCAGACAAUAAUUUGGUUGAAUUGGAAAAGGAGACAAUCAAGGAAGAUGAUCGGGCUGUUUUGCUGGAAGGAGGCCUCCCAAGAACAGCAUCUAUGAAAUUUCAUAGUGCAUCCAUCAAAAUGAACCUAAUCAGGUUUAUGACUAUGGAUGAUGCUUUCUUGCUAGAGCACCGAGCAACUUUGAAAGCAAUGUCUGAAUUUGGCGCAAUUAUGAUAUUUUUCUAUAUAUCCGAUCGCACAACUUUGCUGGGUGACUCUGCCAAGAGCUACAGUCGCGACCUUUUCCUCUUCCUCUACUUUCUUCUCAUUAUAGUAUCAGCUAUGACUUCCCUGAAGAAACACAAUGACAAGUCAGCAUUUUCUGGAAAAGCCAUACUUUACCUUAACCGACAUCAAACUGAGGAAUGGAAAGGAUGGAUGCAGGUCCUGUUCUUAAUGUACCAUUACUUUGCUGCAACAGAGAUAUACAAUGCAAUACGUGUCUUUAUUGCUGCAUAUGUUUGGAUGACUGGAUUUGGAAACUUCUCUUAUUAUUACAUUAGAAAGGAUUUUAGCCUUGCACGCUUUGCUCAGAUGAUGUGGCGGCUCAAUUUCUUUGUGGCGUUUUGCUCCAUUGUUCUCAACAAUGACUAUAUGCUGUAUUACAUUUGCCCUAUGCACACAUUAUUUACUCUGAUGGUGUAUGGGGCCCUGGGUAUAUUUAACAAGUAUAACGAGAAUAGUUCAGUGAUGGCUGUUAAGAUUCUAUCAUGCUUUCUUGUGGUUAUCUUGAUUUGGGAAAUACCUGGAGUUUUUGACAUUCUUUGGAGUCCUCUAUUCUUCCUAUUAGGGUAUACUGAUCCUGCAAAGCCAGAUCUCCCUCGAAUGCACGAGUGGCAUUUCAGAUCUGGACUUGAUCGCUAUAUUUGGAUCAUUGGGAUGAUAUAUGCAUAUUAUCACCCGAAUAUAGAGAAAUGGAUGGAGAAAUUGGAGGAAUCUGAAACGAAAAGGAGACUCUCGAUCAAAACAGGGAUUGUAGCAGUUGCCUCAUUGGUUGGCUGCUUGUGGUACGAAUAUAUUUACAAGCUGGACAAGGUUACAUACAACAAGUAUCACCCCUAUACAUCCUGGAUACCUAUCACCGUUUAUAUUUGCCUGCGGAAUUGCACUCAACAGCUUCGGAAUUUCUCUUUGACUCUCUUUGCUUGGCUCGGCAAGAUUACUCUGGAGACCUAUAUUUCGCAAUUCCACAUCUGGCUGAGAUCAAACGUGCCCAAUGGACAGCCUAAGUGGCUUCUUUCUAUUAUACCAGAAUAUCCUUUGCUUAAUUUCAUGCUCACAACUGCCAUCUAUGUCUUAGUAUCUCAUAGGCUUUUUGAAUUAACCAAUACGUUAAAGACAGUUUUCAUACCCACAAAAGACAACCGGCGGCUGUUUUAUAAUUUUGUUGCAGGCGCUACUAUUUCUCUCUUUCUAUAUUUCGUCUCACUCAUUCUGCUUCAGAUCCCUCAUUCUGCCUGACAAAUGAAGACUAGAAAGAGAAUAUACAUAGAGAUUUUCUGUUGGACAUACAAAGAGAGAGAUGAAUCGAAAUAAGAGAAACUGGAAAAUGUUGCUUGAAGAUCUAGCUUAAGAAGAGUGUUUUCAACAACCUAAGGGGGGAAAUGCUCUCUGAUGCCUUGACAGAGCUGAAGCUGGACACUGGAUUUGCAUCGGUGUUUGGGCAGCACGCAGAAGAAUGACACGAAAUAGAUUCUUUUCAUAAUGUUGCAUAUCACCAUAUAUUCUUUUUUGUUGUUUUUGUUCUUUUUCUUUUCCAUCUGAUGCGAUUGAUGAAAGAAAUGUAGGUUUCCGUGACAUAGGUUUGUUUUCUUUAUUAAACGAAUUCAAGAUUCAAUACUAGAGCAAUUUUAUUGGAAA